AUGUGGCCUGUUACGGAUGGAGACCACGACACAGCAUCCUUUGCAGCUCUGUUUCCCAGCAUUCGCCAGUAACAACCUAUCGUUUUCUGUCUCACGGCGGCAGUUGGUACAUCGAGUCUGAUUGAGGCUUGAGCUGCCAAUGGCCCCGUUGAUCAAGCAGGGAUACUCCAAAAGUCCACCAUGGGUAUUCCACGUCUCAUAGCUACCCUUGAGCCCUAUUCCAACCAACACAAGCUACAAAAUGAGGAAGUGGUCAUUGACGGCCCGGCUCUGGCAUACCAUGUCUCUUGGAUAUGUAGGCAGAGCGGACACUCGUACCCUAGCUCUGCUCUCCUGCAGCAAGUAGUGCUCCAAUGGCUGGAUGCGCUCGCUGAUCAAGGCAUCAAAAUUGAAGCUAUAUACUUCGACGGCUUUUUGCCGCCUGCGAAGCGUCCUACCCGGAUGGAGAGAAUGAUCAAAUCCGCAGGACAGCUAAAUCAACUCUACGCCGUGUCGUCCAACAUUUACGCCCAAAUUUGCAGUCAAGGGAAGAAUGUUAUAUUGCGCGAAGAUAUGUUCCAAGCAAAAGCACCCUUGACGGAGAAAGUGCCAGCACCAACAUUCCUUGUACCGGCAGUUCUUGAUGUCCUCAGAGACUCGUCGGCCUACGCUGCCAUGGUACAUGUUGUUCCUGGCGAGGCAGACGCUGUUUGUGCCAAACACCUGGCUGACCACGGCGGCACGGUCUUGACUUCAGAUUCUGAUCUGUUAAUACAUGACCUUGGAAGUGGAAAGGUAGCCUUUCUUCGAGAUAUGCAUACUCAAGGAGAUGAGUCGGACCUGCUCUGCAACCAGUAUGAGCCCAAGGAGAUCCGACAACGACUAGGCUUGGAGAAGUCAAACUUGGUUCGUUUUGGGUAUGAGCUGAGCCUCGCACCUCACUCUACCGUUUCACAACUCGUUCGGAAAUGCGAGACUCAGGAUGUUGACUCGGUGCACGAGUUUGAGCACUUCUGCGAGGAAUACAUCCACGCAGAAGCAUCCAAAGUGCCCCUAACACCGGACCAACAGGGAACCCUGCCCAUCAAGAAUCUGGAUCCGAGACUCUCGGAGCUGGCCGUGCAGCUUGGAAACGGCCCCAGAGAACCUGAGGUGUUUCUCCCCAUCUCAUUAGACAACCCGAUGCGCGAGAGCGCAUGGGUGCCUUGUUCUUGGUUGCGACAGGUGGCAUAUACGCUUCUCGCACACCUGAUCGGUUCAAAAUGUACCGCGGUUUCGGAAUAUAGACGGGUACAACGUCAACAGCAGCAAGGCAAGCUACUGGACAUAAUGUCCCCUGACGAGCUCCAAAAGGCCAUCACACACCUGGAGAAUGCAGGUAUUUGGCCGAGCCCGCAAGUCAAGGGCUUCUCGAAACCUGCUCGAUACCUCAGCUUGUUGACGAUGGAUCCAUAUGAUCCGGAUGACACCAGAGUUCCGCACGCGCGCCGCAUUCUCGAGCAGGCGGCGCUCCGCACAUUGCCGCAAGAGGGCCAGGAGCAGUGGAAUGUUGUUCACCUCACAGCGCAAGUGCAAGCCUACGCUUACUCAAUAAGAAUGGUGAAACAGGUCCUUUCUAUGUGUGAUGCUGCUUGCUGGGAUUCAAUUAUAUCAAGCUCAGGCCCGACCAAACAUCAAGCAGUUGCUGAUGCCAUUGGUUCGAUAGCAAUCUCGACGUCUUUGGAAGACGUCCCAGAUCUAAGGGCCAUCAGGCAUUAUAUCAACAGCCUGCAUGAGCCUGACAAGAAAGCUGAGGUCCAGUCAAUGCUCAAUUUGACACCAGAACAAUUUUCGGCCUUGGGCAACACCAGAAAGAAGAAGAGGAAGACGAGCAAGGAGGCGAGAGACGGCAAACCCAAGAAGAUGUCAAGGCCGAGCCUUUCUAGCAAUAGUUUUAGUAUUUUACAGGACGAGUGACUAGAGUAUAUGAAAAAAACCAAAGUUCGCAACAGAGAUUCAUAUUAGUUCUCUCUAACAUGCACUUUGCUCCACCGAAUGAA